AACUAUUUACAUAUCACGUCACAAAUGCAUGACAAUCCCAGAAUUCAUAGCUACAAACAGUAAUCGGAGCGCCUCGCAGAUUAUUGUGCAUGAAGCACGUGUAAUUAAAAUUUAGAAUAACAAUGAAGUCCAUAAAAAAGGAAGAGAUAGUAUCACUGCGCCAUCUUACAUGUGAAAUGGGUCAUUUGUCUCGUCCUGAUGGUUCAGCCACUGUCUACCAGGGUGAUACAUGUGUAAUGGUCUCUGUAUACGGACCAGGUGAAGUUAGAAUGAAUAAAGAACAAUUGGAUCGUGCAACUGUAGAUGUUGUGUACAAACCUAAAUCUGGACUGCCAGCAUGUGUUGACAAAGCAUUUGAAAAAGUUGUAUGUAAUACAUGUGAAACUGUGUUACUUGCAAGUUUAUAUCCCAGGUCCUCAAUUAAUAUAACUGUGCAAGAAGUUCAGGACUCUGGCUCAUUUUUGGCAGCUUGCAUUAACAGCUGUUGCUUGGCAUUGUUAGAUGCCAGUGUAAGUAUGAAGUGUACUAUGGCAGCUGUCAGCUGUUGUAUUGAUACAGACAAUGAAAUAAUUUUAGAUCCAACCAAAUCUCAAGAGGAAGUGGCAAAGUCAACUUUCACUUUUGUGUUUGACAGCAAGGAUAGGAAUAUUAUAAGCAUAUUAGCAGAAGGAAAAUACACACAAGACCAAUUUCAGAGUUGCUUAGUUGUUUGCAAAGAAGCAAGUGAAUCAGUGUUCAAUUUCUAUCGAGACAGCAUCAAAAGAAAAUUGUCUAAAACUGUAUAGUUUCAAUAUAAAAUUGUGUAUAAUACAGUAUGAUUAAGUAUUUUUACUGUUGAUAGUGAACUUUAACAAAGACUUCUUUAUUAUCCUACAAAUAUUGCUGAUGUAAAUUACCUGCUCAAUCAUUAUUUAAAUAGAAAGAUUGUUUUUCCUUGCAUAUCAGAGUGGUGUUUCCAUUAGUUUUAGUUUUACCCAUGUUGGAAAUUUGAUCUGGCAUGGGGUGCCAGAUGAGUUGUGUGCUAUACAUUGGUUUGCUUAGGAUGACAUUAUUUUUUCGUUAUGAAUGACUCUGUUGUAAGAAAAUAGUUAUGGUUAUAAUGACAUAAUUUUCCAAGGAAAACUGUUUUAUUAAGGAAAUGAUUUGAAAUAUGAUGGAAUAUGGAAGAGUAUGCAAGAAAAAAUAUCUGACAUGUGUUUGCGGUUCAGAUCAGAAUAUCCAUCCCUCGGGAACCUGCCCAUCCUGCCUAUGGACAGGUUCCCUUGGAAUGGAUAUUCAGAUCUGAACCGCAACAUAUGAUAGUUAUAUUUAAUAUUAAGUUUAUUAAGCCUCAAGUUUGAAUGAAAGUUGUUCAUGUAUCAGCAUUGUAUUUUUCAUUUAGAAGUCUUUAAUG